CACGGGCUGCCCCGAGGGCUGCUGCUCCCGCCUCCUUCCUGCCGCCGCGACCCCGGGCCCUAGCGGCCCGAAGAGCAAGCAGGGGGCAGAGGCAGGCGGGCCAUGCCCUGGUCGCCCCACGCCAGCCCCCUGUGGGACUUGGUCCUGGGCGCCUUCGGCACCUUCGUCUUCCUGCUCGACCUGGGCGCCGACCUGUGGGCCGCCGUGCAGUAUGUGCUCAGCGGCCGCUACCUGUGGGCCGCGCUGGUGCUGGCGCUGCUGGCCCUCGCCUCGGUCGCGCUGCAGCUCUUCAGCUGGCUCUGGCUGCGCGCCGACCCCGCCGGCCUGCACGGGCCGCAGCCCCCCGGCCGCUGCCUGGCGCUGCUGCAUCUCCUGCAGCUGGGCUACCUGUACAGGUGCCUGCAGGGGCUGCAGCAGGGGCUGCGGGUGUGGCGGCAGGAGGCGCCCUCCGACUUCCACGAGGCCUACGCGGACUUCCUGUCCCUGGACAUCAGCAUGCUGCGGCUCUUCGAGACCUUCCUGGAGACGACACCGCAGCUCACGCUGCUGCUCGCCAUCGUGCUGCAGAGCGGCGGGGCCGAGUGCUUCCAGUGGGUCGGCAUCUGCACGUCCUUCCUGGGCAUCUCGUGGGCGCUGCUGGACUACCACCAGGCCUUGCGCACCUGCCUCCCCUCCAAGUCCCCUCUGGGCCUGCGCUCCUCCGCCGUCUACUUCCUGUGGAACCUGCUGCUGCUGGGGCCCCGGGUCCUGGCCGUGGCCCUGUUCUCGGCCCUCUUCCCCCGCUACGUGGCCCUGCACUUCCUGGGGCUGUGGCUGGUGCUGCUGCUCUGGGUGUGGCUUCAGGGCACAGACUUCAUGCCAGACCCUGGCUCGGAGUGGCUGUACCGGGCCACGGUGGCCACCAUCCUCUAUUUCUCCUGGUUCAACGUGGCUGAGGGCCACACCCGAGGCCGGGCCACCAUCCACCUGGCGUUCCUCCUGAGUGACAGUAUUCUCCUGGUGGCCACCUGGGUGACUCACAGCCCCUGGCUGCCCGGCGGGAUCCCGCUGCACAUAUGGCUGCCUGUGGGAGGCAUCUGCUUCCUCUUGGGUCUGGUGUUGCGCCUUGUCUACUACUGCUGGCUGCACCCUCGCUGCAGCUGGGAUCCUGACCGGGUGGACGGGGCCCAUGGGGCCCGCAGCCUCCUCUCCUCUGAGCUGGGUCCGCUGCCCCAGAACAGGCGCAUGACCCAGCUGGCUAAGAACUUUUUCCCCAAGGCUAAGGAUGAGGCUGCUUUGCCGGGGAAGGGAGAAGUGAAUGGGGUCCUUUGAGGCAGGGUGAGAGCCUGCCACGGCAGCCUGCCAUGCAUACAACGAAACGGGGCUCUGGGCCCCAGUUGUCUAGAGGGUGCCUUAGGGAGAGAAGACCACCUGUUCCUGUUCUCUUCCCCCAACCAGAGCAGCGGGGGCCCCAGAGCGCCCCACAGCUGGCACUCCCGUCUCCCAGCCACUCCUAAAAUAACCAGUGGAGGUGCCGUCCCAUCCUGGGGCCCCAGGACCCCCAGGGGAUGCUCUCUAGAAUUCUCCCUCUCCACACCUCCAUUUGGUGCCUUCAACAGUUCUCUAUUGAGAGCAUUUUCUGGGUCAGGAACGUCAUUCGAUCCUUGAAACCCAGAACCACAGCGGCUGCCAUCCUGGCCUCAUCCCUUACCUGUUCCGACAAAGCCUGUAAGCCGGGAAAGCCUGGUGCUAGGUAGUCCCUGGCGGCCCCUCCAGAGGCUUGGUGCAGCUGGCCCAGCCCCUGUUCUGCUCGCAGGAGGCUGCCUUUCCACCAGUGCCAUGGGGGGGACCUGUGGUCUGGCCGGGCACAGCCAUUGAGUGUUUUUUUUUUUUUUUUCCUUUCGCCAGUGUACUGCCUACCUCAGAGUAUGCACCUCCGUCCUGGCCCGUGACAGACACUAAGUGUUGUUUUACAGUAUUAUUAGGUUUUUAGUAAAGCUUCGUGGAAUCCUCCAAGUCUGGUCAUUAAGUGAGACUUUUUUUUUUUAAAGAUUUAUUUAUUUGAAAGUCAGGGUUAAAGAGAGAGGACUUCCAUCUGCUGGUUCACUCCCCAGUUGACCGAGACGGCCGGAGCUGUGAUCCAAAGCCAGGAGCCAGGAGCUUCUUCCAGGUCUCCCACGGGGGUGUGGCUUUACCCGCUAUGCCACAGCGUGGGCCCCAUUACAUGAAACUUCAAGUUCAAAACCUCCUAGAAUGAAGGGAUCAGGGACACGAGGUUCCUCAAAACUGACAGUGUCCCCUGGGACACAGGACUGGUUUGGCUGGGACUUCUCAGCCUCAUUUGCAGUUUCAGGAGCUGGUGAGCCUCACAAACCAGAUGUGGACAGAUUCUGGAGGCUUCUCAUAACCACCAGCUGCUGGGCCGGGCAGGCACUGGAUUUGAGAUUCCUGGAGAACAGUGCUGGGGCCUCGGAGAGGGUCUGUGAGGAGGGUGGCGCAGGGGAUGGGGACGUGGGCAGUGGAAGCUUUUGCUGCUUUGGGAGGUCUGUGCUUUUGCAGAAACACAACAGAAAUGGGUGCUGGGACAGAAGGUUCCAGUCACUGCUAUGAAGGGAACCAGGAUGGUCUCAGUUCUGUUAGUCAUUCAUAUCGAGACAAUACAGAGGGCAAGCAGAGGGUAGGCAGUGGUGUCAUCCCAGAGAAGGGGGGGCGGUUGGCUUACUCACUGCGGGCUUGAAACAUCCUGCAGGCAGGAAGGAAAGUUGCAACACUCUUCCUUUUGGGGCUACAAUGCAGCACAGGAAUGUAGCUCCACUGGCCCAGAGAUGGCAGGCUGGGGGUGGGUGUUGGGGGGGGGGUGUGUGCUACCAAGACCACACAUGCAGAAUGUUAACAGGCAGGAAGGAUCCCACAAGACAUCCAGUCCAGUGAUUUCCAGAUAAAUUUCAUGAACCUGUAGAAUGACCCAUGUGGUGGCCAACCCAGUGUUAACCAAAAAAUCCCCAUGUGGGCCAAGCGCUGUGGCAUAGCGGGUAAAGCCACAAAGAUUUUACUGGGGCCAGUGGCUGUGGCAUAGUAGGCUAAGCCACUGCCUGCAGUGCUGGCAUCCCAUUCGGGCAUUGGUUCAGGUCCCGCUGCUCCACUUCUGAUCCAGCUCCCUGCUGAUGGCCUGGGAAAGCAGUAGAAGAUGGCCCAAAUCCUUCGGCCCCUGCACCCACGUGGGAGACCCGGAAGAAGCUCCUGGCUCCGGAUCUGCUCAGUUCUAGCCAUUGUGGCCAUUUGGGGAGUGAACCAGUGGAUGGAAGACCUUUCUGUCUCUCCCUUUCUGUAACUCUGCCUCUCAAAUAAGUAAAAUCUUUUUUUAAAAAAAGAUUAUUUAUUUGAAAGAGGGGCAGAGAGAGAGAGAGACUUCCAUUUGCUGGUUCACUCCCCAAAUGCAAAGGCUGGAGCUGAGCUGAUCCAAAGCCAGGAGCCAGGAACUUCCUUUGGGUCUUCCACGUGGGUGCAGGGGCCCAAGGAUUUGGGCCAUCUUCUACUGCUUUCCCAGGCCAUCAGCAGGGAGCUGGAUCAGAAGUGGAGCAGCAGGACCUGAACCAAUGCCCGAAUGGGAUGCCAGCACUGCAGGCAGUGGCUUUACCUGCUAUGCCACAGCACUGGCCCCAAUAAAAUCUUAAAGACCCCCAAAAUCCCCAUCUGUUACUUUAUCAUCUCAUGAAAGAAUAUGGCAAUCUCAGAAUAAAGGAUCAUUCUCUUCACUGAAUACCUUUAAACACAGACACACAGAGAUCAUUGUUUUCUCCCGUUCAUGCAAGAUUGAGUCCUACAGAGGAUGGGCUUGGUUCUUACAAGUCUCCGAGUUUAGUGCCCAACCUAGCCUUGGCAAUAGAUGUUGAGGGUUUCACCAAAAUCACCAAAUUUUCCACAAGAAAAUCCAAAAAAGAUGUACUCUGCUUUCGGCUAUGCUCUCCAGAUGAAACUUAAUGUGGUAACGUGUAUGUAAUUAAGUUCGAACCAUGUACAAGCAACAUUAUACAUAUAGUGUACCGCCUAGGAAGCUGUGGAUGUUAGCAGUUGAUUCAUUUGUAUACAUUUUUAGAGUUCACAGAAUCAGGAGUUUAGAAAGGUGACAGUGACACUUGACAGUGCUUAGAGUAAGAACUUUUCCCUGAAGAUUCCCGUCAAUCUUUAAGGGAUGGACGUUAGCCUAGUGGUUAAUGCUGCUCAAGACACCAGUGUUCCAUCUCAGGGUACUUGGGCUUGACAUCUGGCUGCAGCUCCUGACUAGCUUCCUGCUACUGUGGGGGUGACGGUGAUGGCUCAAGUAACUGGGAACAUGCCUCCCAUGUGGAAGACCCGGAUUGGAUUCCCAGCUCCUGGGUUUGACCUGUCUGGGCAUUUGGGAAGUAAACCAGAAGACAGUUUAUAGCUCUGUCUCCCAAAUAAACUUUAAAAAAAAAAAAAAACUUUUAAUGCCAAGAACCUUGUUUUUGAAAAAUAAAAACCUGUGGCCAGAACUGUGGCAUUAAUGGGUUAAGCCCCUUCUGUAGUGCUGGCAUCCCAUAUGGGUGCCGGUUGGAGUUCCAGCUGCUCCACUUCCAAUCCAGCUCCCUGCUAAUGCACCUGGGAAAGCAGUGGAAGAUGGCCCAAGCCCUUGGGCCCCUGUACCUGCAUGGGAGACCAGAUGAAGUUCCUGGCUCCUACCUAGCUUUGGCCAAGGCCAUCCCCAGCUGUUCCAGUCAUUUGGGGAGUGAACCAGCGGAUGGAAUUUUCUCUCUGUAACUUUCAAAUAAAAGAUUUUUUUUCAAAAUAAGGAAAAAGUAAAAACCUAAAUUGCUAAUUUUUAUCUGUCCUCCAAAGGCUUAAAGGGAAAUGUGUGGUAUAUUAAUUGUAGGGAGACAUGCAGGUAUUUAUUCUCUGGGCUUGGAAAUCAAUCAAAAGCAUGUGUAUGUAAAUAUAUCACACAUAUAUUUAGGAUUUAUUUGAAAGGCAGAGCAUGAGAGAAAGACAUACACAACCCUUCUGUCUAUUGGUUUACUUCCCAAAUGGCCACAGUAGCCAGGGCUGUCAGGUCAAAGCUACGAGCCAGGAGUCCAUGUUGGUCUCCCACAUGAGUGGCAGGGACCCAAGUACUUGGGCCACCUUCACUUCCUUCCUGGGCACAUUAGCAGGAAGCUGGAACAGCCGGGACUGAACAAGCACUCCAAUACAGGAUGCUAGCAUUGCAAGUGAUGGCUUACCGUCUGCUGCACCACAAUAUUGGCUCCAAUAUUUGUAUUUUUAAUUCAGGAUAUGGCAACUAAUAGGUUUGCUUCCAUUACAGUGUGGCUCAAAAUCUGUAUCUAAUGAUGAAAAGAUUUAAUUAAUAGACUACAGGGCUACCUCUUUUUUCUUUUUUAAAGAUUUAUUUAUCUGAAAGACAGCAUAUGAGAGAGAAAGGGAGAGACAGAAAGAGAGGUCUUCUAUCCAAUAGUUCCCUUCCCUAAAUGGCCACAAUGGCCAGAGCUGGGUCAGGCCAAUGCCAGGAGCCAGGAGCUUCUUCUGGGUCUCCCAUGUGGGUGCAAGGGGCCCAAGGACUUGGGCCAUCUUCCACUGCUUUCCCAGGCCACAGCAGGGAGCUGGAUUGGAAGUGGAGCAGCUGGGAGUUGAACCGGCACCCAUAUAGGAUGCCAGUGUUGCAGGCCAUGGCUUUAAUCUGCUGUACCACAGCACUGGCUCCCAACCUCUUUCUUUCUCAAGAAACAUGGGGAAAGUACCUUGAGAGGUCUGACACAUGUGGUGUCUGAAAGCUGGAGCCAAGCUCUACUUUGUUUCACUGCGAUGAAAGCCUUCCUGUUUCCCAGAGAGCAGCAGUAGUCACACCCAAGUCCGGAGGAAAGUAAUCUCUACGACAUGAAAUUAGGCCAAAUCAAGUAAGAUUUGAUAUAGAACUGCCAUUCCAGUUCUAGACUUUACAAAGCCAUAUAUUUUAGAAACAAUUAAAAAUAAAAUCUCCAUUACAAAGUAUUUUAAAAUACUUAUUUUCCCAUGUAUAUUUAAUUAUACCAAAUGGACAGGUAUUUGUUCCACUGUUUCACUUUGCUUAGUGAGAUCAGCUGAGCCAGUUGUUGGAGGGGUGACACCUCUCUAGUGAACUCUGCAGAGUGUUUAUGAAGCUCUAAUGAGAACCCCACACGGCUGGGCAGCUGGGCCAAUCCUAUUCAGGAAAGACACAGAAGCAAGCUGUAUAGAAAAUAAAAACUUUAUUUUUUUCAAGUUUAUAAGAUAGUUCCCAUUACAUAUAACAUUAUGGUCAAGGAUACUACAGCCACGAAUGCCCGCAGUCACAUAAAUAUAUCCAAUCCACUGAACGCCUUUUCCUGCCGAGAGAGGCAUCUGAAGUCCAAAGAGAGUCGUGCUGUGAGGAGAAGUCGUGCUUAAUGAGAUGGCUCCUGUCAGCGCAUCAGGAACUAGCCAAGGAGCCCGGCUUGCUGGAGCCGUGUGACUCAGAGGAGAGGACGGGACAGGCGGCCUGCUCGUCAGAACUGUUUUCUCUCUUGUAGUUUAAGGUAUUUUAGAAUCUCAGAAUUCAGAUCUGGCCUCUAUAGUGUGGCCAUCUGGGGAGUUCUAACUUCAAGAUGAACAAGGAAGCCAAUGUAGUGGUAAGAUACAGAAGCCUGCCUGAGGGCGGCCCUCACGGCCCCCUGCGCAGGAACGAGAGGGAGGCCCCACGCUCACCACUCCUGGUCUAGACCAUCCCUCUCCCAGGAAGAGGGAGCCACGGUCCACACUCUCUCCCUCGUGGCUCAGUGGCACUGACACCCAUUCAAGCUAGUGAACAUCUGGGAGCCCCGUAAGCUGCGGCUGCAGUUUGCCAAUCUGCUUCUACUUGGAGCUUUAAAGACCAGUUUGUGUAAAUGUGAGUAAGCCAUGGCCCAAGUCUUGGGACACUGGCUUUGCCCCCCAAUUUGCAGAGCAGAAGACAGUAACACCCAAAUCAAACAAAAGCCUAAACAGGCAUCUAGAUCUGGAGCAGGCCCCAGGGGCACUGGACAGAAUGAUGCUAAGGCACAGUCAGUUUUACAUUCGAAGUCAAGCCGCCUCCUAAGCCCAGGACACACCUGACCACUCUGGACCCUCCACUAGAGAUGGUCCUCGCAGGAAGUGCACACGCCCAUCUCAAGAAGCCCAUGAUGCCAGCUGGGGAACGACUUACCACGUGACUAAUUUCAUGGGGACUCUCCAGAAAAGAGGCUCCCUGGCUCUCUGCUUCCCACAGCUCUUUCCCAGAUCUCUGUGCUGGGGAACAGGGAGAUGGGGUGAGAGGGCAAUGUCUCAUGGAUAACUAAUUCAUUUUGGCAAAGAUGAGCCAAGAAGCUCCUGCCUCCUGUCUUCCUUUAGAUGAGGGUGGCAGCAACCAGAAAAAAGCAGGGGCUGCUCUGCUCUGCUCAGAAAGCCUCCCUGCCUCUCUUGGCCAAGUUCAAGUUCCCUUUGGAAAAAGCUAAGCUGGGUAGUCAGGGCAGGAUGAAAAAGGCCAUUGAAACAGUCUAAGUUGUAUUCUAAAGAUAAAAGGGUGUGCGGUGGGAAGUGUUGGUAUGUGAUGGGGUUACUGCGCUGUAGCCCCACAAGCCCGAAGCACCGUACCAACAGGGUGGUCUUUGCCAGGGCCGGAAGCCAACAGUUAGACUGGCAAUAGGGGGAGUUUUGAGUCCUGUAAGUAAAGUACAUCCUGGACUAUUCUGGGAUCAACCAUCAUGGAGCAACAGCAUCUGGGCAUCAAGGCUGAAUACAGACCAAGGGAGGGCCUGCCUCCGCCAUCUGUCUCUUCUACCCCAAAUGCAAACAAGGCAAAGCGGUACCUCAGUCAUGGAGCACCUGCUUCAGCUGCUCUCCAAACACUUGCUUCCUACAGUUGUGAGACACGAAGCACUUGUCAGACAGUUCUGAAGGAAUGUGUGCACCAGCCUUGGUGUGCUGCUGUCUGGGUGCCCUGGCAUUGGCAGGCGUCCUACCUUUCUGUGCUGCAACUUCUCAGGAAUGGCACACGGACUCUCUGGGGAUAAGCAAGCACGGCUGGGGUUGGUCAAAGGUGCCCCCUCCUGAGGACCAAGACUGAUCUUUCUGAGGGACUGUCACCCUUCUUGGUGCUGCCUGGGACAGUCUGAAUUUUGUCAGCUCCUGGGAAUUUGGCCUGGCUGAGCAGGUACCCAGGUUGGUCCUGGAGGGAUGGCACAUCCAAGAAAUCCAUCCAGGCUGGAAGGUUGGCCCCAGUGCUGAGGUAUCCACCAAUUUCCCAGGGGUCAGGCUGAGAGAUGCUCCUGCAUUUGGUCCAGGAUUAAGUCUUCAGGUGUGAAGUAGGGGAGCCCGCAUCCUCAUUUAAACCAGGAAAGACUGGCCUUCUGGAUUCCUACUGCAGAGUGAACACCAGAAGCGGGUAUUGCUGGGGAAGGUAAGAGCAGUCUGCUGUCAGUUUCAGGCAGAGGCUUGGGGGGAAUGUGAACCCAGAUACCCCACAGGCAACUUAUGGGCUUCUUCACAGGAAGCCCAAUACUUUGGAAGUUUGGGCCAAUUCUUAUCCAGCCUAUUCUUAGACUUGAUUUGACUUCUUGGGACCAAUGUGUGUGGACUGGUCAGAGCUGAAUGGAGACAGCAGCGAAGGCUUAGGCCCAGCAGCUGAUGGACAAGCAGAGGGGGCCGCAAGGUCGGCAGUGGACGGGAAAAGCUGCUUCUGUGCUGGAGGAUCGGAUGGCGUCUUCCUGUCUUGAGAGCCAAAGAGGCUGAAGUUCCUAAGAAGCCUCAAUCCUUUUUCUCCAGGUGGGAGGAUUAGCCUGCUGGCAUGUAGUCUCUGAAUUAAGAGUCAAGCUGAAGGCUUAGAAUUUACCGUCUGAAAGAAGCAGUUUCUUGGUUUGUGUCACUUGAUUAAAGGGGAAGAAGGACUGGAAAAAGGACUAAGACUUUUAAAAGGAUGGGAAAUGCCAAGUCCAAAGUUCAUCAGUGUCCAGCACCCCACAGUUCGGCCAAGUAAGAAAUGGAAGAACGGGAGAGAAGCAGACCCCUGGGAGCAGCUACGGGGGGGCUACCGUCACACAGAGGUAUUUAGACAUUUCAAUGACUAUUUUCAAGGAAACUUUAAAUGACCCUUUCUUGCUAGAAAAAGAAAGGGGGACACCUGCUUCAGAGACCCUCACCUAUAAAAAUAACAUACACAUUCACUGGAAGUAAGUUCUACGGCUAAGGAGAUUCUAAAGACUGCAAGAGAUGUCCCAGAAGUCUGCUGCGUUAUCCUCUCACCACAGGGUCACAGCAGUUCUCAGUCUGACCACCACUAAGAGCGCACCUCUGCUCCAGGAAUUUCCAUUCUUUUUUUUUUUUUUUUUGAAACAAAACAAAAGAGAA